AUGGCCGAACGUGGCUACCGGAACCUCAAUGCAUCUGUCCUCAGGCAGAUAUCAAAAGUCCUGGAGCAUGACUCGACAGCCGACAUUGAACCCGUCUUGAAGAGAGUAUACAACUCGUACUCGGCAUUGCGGCGGGCGAUCGGUGAACGUCAGGAGAAGCGACGGACAGUGCCAGACGAAGACCAGGAAGAGCGCUGUAUUCCAGCGAAGCGUCGGGCCUCCUAUCCUGCAGCCUUGUCGGGCUUCGUGUCGCCUAUCCAAGCCCAGCGAGCCCCACUGGAACUGCACCUCACGAAUCAGAAGCCUCUAUCGUGCCCUCUCCUCCAUUCCGUCGUUUUCCCUCUGUCUCAUGUGGUUCGUGACUUACUCAAACUCACCGCCGACCACGAGUCCAACCUCUCCGCCGCGGCUCUUAGAUGCGUGCUCUCCGGCGCGCCCAUAUGGGAAGGCCGUUCACGGGCGGUGAUACAAGUUGGCGAGAAUGUGGUCGUAAAGGUGGCACAACACCUUGACUACGAUGAACACGGUGUUCUGGAAUUUUUGGAGCAACACGUUCCCAAUAUCGCUGCCCCUCGCCCCCUGGGACUGAUCGCGAUAGGGCCCACAUCCUUCAUGUUUAUGACCAAGAUACCUGGCGCCACUCUGGAGACCCGCUGGCCAUCGUUACCCGCAGACGCGAAGGCACACAUCAGGUGCCUGUUGGACCAGCAGCUCAGCGACUUGCGUACUCUCGACCUCCCUCCUGGUUCUCCACUCGGCUCGCCCGUGGGGCGUCGUCUCUGUAAGGACGUUCGCAGGGACGAGCGAGUCAGCAUCACGCCCAUCUAUUCCGAGCCACAGUUCAAUGAUUUCCUUCUGGACUCGCCCACUUCUCGUGCCUCAUCGAGUUACAAGGAAUGGCUGCAUUCGAUGCUACGCGCCGACCAUCGCGUCGUGUUCACGCAUGCUGAUAUCCAUCCGCGGAACAUCAUGGUAGUAGAUGGACCGCGUGGUGUCGUAGAGCUUUCCGGGAUCCUGGACUGGGAGGCCAGCGGUUUUUAUCCCGAGUACUGGGAGCAGCUAAAGGCGCUGAACACGCGCUCCGUGAAAGAUGACAGCGACUGGUGGAAUCAUUUACCUCCUUGUAUCCUAGGAUAUGAUCAUGAGGUCGUGGUCGACCGGGUGAUCGAAGCCACGGCGAUCUAUUGAUAAGUCCAAUUGCGUCUUGUACAUACAAUAACAGCUUUGGUGUGAAUCAAGGACUUCUC